AUGAUCUCCCCUCCAUCGAGGAUUGGCGGCUGCAAAUCAUGUCGGGAACGCCGAGUCGAGUGUGAUAAGAAAAGACCUCGAUGCAGUGGGUGCAUCGCAGGGAACAAGCCAUGCGGAGGAUACGACGUAGGCUCAAUCUUCAUCAACGUAACAUCAACAGGACCUCCACCGGCGUGGCGAUCGCAAAAUGCGCAAAAGUUCCUUGUGCUGGACUUAGACUCACAACCAAGUGGUUCCCAGCAAUCUCAAAUCCCACCACGACCACCAACUUCCCUCUCUUUUUGCUCAAGCGACCUUACACCCUCAAUGGCGCCGGCGCAAACUCUUACAAAUCAUCCGAACCCUGACCCCACCAACCUCCUUGCCAUUACCCAGCUUUUUCUUGAUUUAUACUACAGACGAUCGUAUCCAAACAAACCCUUCCCAGAUACCCUCCAGGAGGGUACUGAGACAGGAUCCUGGCGAUCUCUGCUCCCACUCUGGGUUGGACUCUCUCCUAUUUUAGACACUGCGAUUGGUGCACUGGCAACCUGCUUCGUGGGGACGCAAUACCAAGACGAGAAUCUUGUCGAUCAGAGUAGGACCAUGUAUCUCGAGGCCCUCCGCAUGGUACAAGAAGUAUUACCCGAGCCGAGUGCUACACUCCGAAAAGAUCUACUCGCUACCACGUUGGUGAUGAGCUCUACAGAAAUAUUCAUGUCUAACGGUGGCGGAGCAAGUCAGCUUACUCACAUUGAAGGGGCAACGAAGCUACUUAGAGAAGGCUUCAAGGAACCAACUACAUUCGAGGAGUUGCAUCUCUAUGUUCUCAAUCAGGGGGUUAACCCUUCAUACCGCCCUCUGAUCCGCCAACUUUAUGCCACGCCUCGCUCCUACUCAAACGACCUGUACUUCAAGUGGUGCGAACUCAUCAUUCCACUUCCCAACAUCCUCGCAACUACCGACAAUGUCUCUCGCGCGGCCGACUCUGGCACCCCAAUACCUCCCUCCGCCAUCUCAGCCAUCUUAGACGACAUUACCGCACUAGAAACGUCCCUGCGUCCAUGGGAAGACACCCUAAAGACCAAGAUUCCCGGGCCUUGGACGCUCCCGCAGGCGCAAACCGGACCAGACGUCGUUCCAUUCCCGCUUCAAUUCCUUUCCAUCGAAGUCUGUCUGCUGUACAACCUCCAUUGGACAUCCUUCUUGCUUCUUCUUGAAUGCCGCCACCGUCUUAUUUCGCACCUCUCACUUUCUGCCAUCUCCGCUGCAGCACAACACUCUCCACCUCCUACCCAAACGAUCUCCGAACUCGCAUCUUUGAUCUGCCGCUCCGUGCAAUUUUGCGCAUCGAACACGUCUUUUGCUGCGGCGGAAAACAUCUUUCUCCCACUUCUCGUCGUAACAGCGUACUACACACGAAAUGGGGACGAAGAGAGAAUGAAUUGGUGCAUGGGGGCUUUUGCACGUAUAGCAGAGGAACAGAAGAUUGGGUUUUGCGUGGAUAGAGUGGAUUUAGGGCUUGAGAAGGUUAUGUCUAGAGACGAGUUGGUUGGGGUUUGUAGGAAGGGUAGAAACUCUAACAUAGUAGGAAGCGUGAUGGAAUGA